UGGACGACGUCACCACCACUGAACUCCAUAGCUGACAGGCUGCGAGAGAGCUGCGUGCGAAUGCUUCCUUAAACACGCUGAAGAUUCCCCGUGUAGCAUACAAACAAGGGCAGAACAUAAUAAGUCAAAGCAAACUUGAUCGGGACCCUUUUAAACGCUUUAUAAAGGCUGCUCAAACUACAGAGAAACCAGAUCCAAGCCAGACAGUGUGGAUUUAGAAUUAAACCGGCUCAAACAGUAACCCUACAUAGAAUGGUAUUGGAGGAAAACCAGUCUACAAACAUGGACCAGUUCAUUUUAACGAAGUCACAUCUACCAGUCGUCGUGAGCUGAAAGCCACAAGGUGUUCUAGACUACCUAGCUAACCCAGGAGGCUGCUGGAUGAGUGGUCACCAUGUCUCCCUUCUUACGCAUCGCCUUUAAUGCGUUUGAUGUGGGCGUCUUGCCACCCCUGACUGACGCUCCCUUCUGUGCAAUUAAGAUGAAGGAGUCCCUCAGCACUGAGCGGGGGAAGACCCUAGUCCAGAGGAAACCCACUAUGUACCCUGCCUGGAAGUCCACUUUCGAUGCCCACAUCUACGAGGGCCGUGUCCUCCAAGUGGUUCUGAUGAAGACCGCAGAGGAGCCAUUGGCCGAGGCCACGGUGGGCGUGUCCGUACUGGCUGAGCGCUGUAAGAAGGGCAACGGCUGUGCUGAAUUCUGGGUAGACUUGCAGCCUUCUGGGAAGGUUCAGAUGGUCGUCCAGUUCUUUGUGGAGGACACAGACACAGCAGUGUUUAAGUCGAACGUGAAGGGGCGUGAAGAGGAGGAUGGGGCGAUGACACUGACCCGAAGGAGAGGAGCCAUGAAACAGGCCAAGGUCCAUUUCAUCAAGAACCAUGAGUUCACAGCCACUUUCUUCGGACAGCCCACCUUCUGCUCUGUCUGCCGGGAGUUUGUCUGGGGAUUCAACAAGCAAGGCUACAAGUGCAGACAAUGCAACGCCGCCAUCCACAAGAAAUGUAUUGACAAAAUCAUUGGGAGGUGCACAGGAACAGCAGCCAACAGCAGAGAGACUAUGUUCCAGAAGGAGCGUUUUAAGAUCGACAUGCCACAUCGCUUUAAGAUCCACAACUACAUGAGCCCUACCUUCUGUGACCACUGUGGCAGUAUGCUCUGGGGAAUGGUCAAGCAGGGCCUCAAGUGUGAAGACUGUGGCAUGAACUCCCAUCACAAAUGUGAGAAGAAAGUGGGAAAUCUCUGUGGAAUCAACCAGAAACUCCUGGCUGAGGCCCUCAACCAAGUUAGCCAAAAAUCCACAAGACGGUCUGAAUCCAACAACUCUGAGUCAACGGACAUUGGAAUCUACCAGGACUUCAACAAAAGCCCAGGAGCGGACCCUAGUGAAGGCUAUGAGAAGCUGUGGGAGGGAGGUAAGGGCCCUGCCCCAGCCAGCAUCACCCCCAAGACCCGCCUCACCAUUGACAGCUUUGUGUUCCACAAGGUGCUGGGCAAGGGCAGCUUUGGCAAGGUCCUGCUGGCUGAGCUGAGGGGGCGAGGACAGUACUUUGCUGUGAAGGCCCUGAAGAAAGAUGUGGUUCUGAUGGAUGAUGAUGUGGAGUGUACCAUGGUGGAGAAGAGAGUCCUGGCCCUGGCCUGGGACAACCCCUUCCUCACACACCUCUACUCCACCUUCCAGACCAGGGAACACCUGUUUUUCGUGAUGGAGUACCUGAAUGGAGGAGACCUGAUGUACCACAUACAGGAUAAGGGUCGCUUUGACCUCUACAGAGCCACGUUCUACUCAGCCGAGAUCAUAAUUGGACUGCAGUUUCUCCACUCAAAAGGAAUCAUUUACAGGGACCUGAAGCUGGACAAUGUGAUGCUGGACAGAGACGGCCACAUUAAGAUUGCUGACUUUGGGAUGUGCAAGGAGAACGUGUUUGGAGAGAAUCGGGCCACUACUUUCUGUGGGACGCCAGACUACAUCGCACCAGAGAUCCUGCUGGGACAGAAGUACACCUUCUCCGUGGACUGGUGGUCGUUUGGGGUACUGGUGUAUGAGAUGCUGAUUGGCCAGUCGCCGUUCCAGGGUGAUGACGAGGAUGAGCUGUUUGAGUCCAUCAGGAUGGACGUGCCUCACUACCCACGCUGGAUCACCAAGGAGGCUAAGGACCUAUUGGAGAAGCUGUUUGAAAGAGACCCCAGUCGCAGGCUAGGUGUGGUGGACAACAUCCGCGGCCACUCCUUCUUCAAGACCCUCAACUGGCCUGCCCUGGAGAAGAGAGAGGUGGACCCCCCCUUCAAACCUAAAGUGAAAGGCCCCAAUGACUGCAACAACUUUGACCGGGAGUUCCUGAGUGAGAAGCCCCGCCUCUCCCACACGGACAAGAACCUAAUCGACUCUAUGGACCAGACAGCCUUUGCAGGCUUCUCUUUCAUCAACCUCAAGAUGGAACACAUUAUGGACAAAUGAAGCCACAACAAGAUUCCCCCAUCUCUUUGUUUCAACCGCACCAUUAUAAACGCAUAGGAAAGGGAGGAGGGGGAAACCAGUGUUGCAUUUAUCUCUGUGGUGGUUCCUUCAAUAAUGGUGUCUUUCUUUUCCUUGGGAUCAAACCUUGAAUUAAUCCAUGUACUGUACUUUAUGCCCCAACAUACAUCAACACACUCAUUUACACACACCCCAUAGUUCAGUUGUUUAGUAUUGUCCAUGCUGGGAUGUCAGGGGUCAAAUGUGGCUCUCUCACACCAGUGUGCUCUGCCUACUGUAUGUCACUCUUUCCCGUCCCAUCAUUCACAUCAUUGUUUUGUGUGUGUGUUUUUACUGUCCUUGUGGGUACCAGAAGUCCUCACAAGGAUAGUAAAACAAGGAAAAUUCAGGCAAGUGAGGACAUUUUGCUGGUCUUCACAAGGAAAAAUGCUAUUUUAGACUUAGGGAUUAGGGUUAUAAUUAAGGUUGGGGCUAGGGGUUACGGUUAGGUAUAGUUUGGGGUUAAGGUUAAAUUUAGGGGUUAGGGAAAAUAAGAUUUUGGAUGGCAAUCAAGUUUUUUGGCCCCCACAAGGAUCGCAAUAUAAAAGUGUGGGCAUGCAUGAAUGAAUAUGUCGGGGUGACAGCAUGAAUCUCGAGUAUAUUUUAAAAGUUUUAUAAUGAAAAGAACGUUUACUUUUUCAGGUGCAAAUUCAGUACCCUGUGGAAGGUACAAUUAAUUCAAUUGAAAGGGUGAUAAGAAAAACACAAAUGAUAGAACACCAAAGUUACAGGACCAGUAGAGGAUGCACAGAUGUAUACAGGCAUGGAUAGUCUCACCUUUGUCUGCCCAUCCACAUGAUAUAAAACUAAGGAUUUUAAAAUGGUACUGCAGCUUCCCCACCCUCCAGAACAACAAACCAGAGCUACUCUGAUCAAACCACAGCUACUCUGAUUCAGAUCUGCGUUACAGUAGUGUGAAAUGGAGUGGGACAUCAUACUGGAAGGAGUCAAUGUAAUGGUACUCUGCAGUCAUUCGUCUUGAAGGUUAUGGGUGUGUGUUGGGGGGGAUUCCUUUAGAAAAAAAGGAUGGAUAAAUUGGGUCUUGUGUUACUUGAAUGUAGGUCUUUUAAAAAGCAAAUAAUAAUAAUAAUAUGCUGUACGUUAAAUUAAAAUGAUAUGUGCAUUGCCUUCGGAAAGUAUUCACACCCCUUGACUUUUUCCACGUAUUGGCAUUACAGCCUGAUUUUAAAAUGUAUUCAAUUUAGAUGUUUGGUCACUGGCCUACAAAAACAAUAACCCAUUAUGUCAAAGUGGAAUUGUUAAAAAAACAACCAUUUUUACAGAUUAAUUCAAAAUGAAAAGCUUAUGUCUUGAGUCAAUAAGUAUUCAACCUAACCUUUUUCUUAUGGCAAGCUGAAAUCAUUUCAGGAGUAAAAAUGUGCUUUUCAAGUCCCAAGUUGCAUGGACUCACUUUGUGUGCAAUAAUAGUGUUUUUAACACAGUCAUAGAAAAAAUACCAUCUUUGUACCCCACACAUACAUCUGUAAGGGCCUUCAGUGAAGCAGUGAAUUUCAAACCCAGAUUCAACCUCAAGGACCAGGGAGGUUUUCCAAUACCUUGUAAAGGGUAAAAAUGGGUAAAAAAAAUAAUAAUUGAAAGACGUAUCAAUACACCCAGUCACUACAAAGAUAAAGGCAUCUUUCCUAACUCCGUUGCCAGACAGAAAGGAAACCACUCAGGGGCCAAUGGCGACUUUAAAACAGUUACAGAGUUUAAUGGAUGUGAUAGGAGAAAACUGAGGAUGGAUCAACAACAUUAUAGUUACUCCACAAUACUUACCUAAUACACAAAGGGAAAGAUGGAAGCCUGUACAGAAUAAAAAAACAUGGCAAAGCAAUUAACUUCUUGUCCUGAAUACAAAGUUUUUGUUUGGGGCAAAUCUAAUACAAAACAUUUCUGAGUAACACUCUCCAUAUUUUCAAGCAUAGUGGUGGCUGCAUCAUCUUAUGGGUAUAUGUCUAAUCGUUAAGGACUGGGGAGUUUAGAAAUGGAAUGGCGCUAAGCACAGGCUAAAUCCUAGAGGAAAACCUGAAUCAGUCAGCUUUCCACCAGACUCUGGAAGAUAAAUGCACCUUUCAGCAGGACAACCUAAAACAUAAGACCACAUAGACAUUGGUUGCUUACCAACACAGUGAAUGUUCCGGAGUGGCCAAGUUACAGUUUUAACUUAAAUCUAUGGCAGAAUCUAUGGCAACACCUGAAAAUGGUUGUCUAGCAAUGAUCCACAACCAAUUUGAAACAGCUUGAAGAAUUUUUAAUAGGGAUAAUGGGCAAAUGUUGUACAGUCCAGGUGUGGCAUGUUCAUAGAGACUUACCCAGAAAAAGGCUCCGCUGUAAUCGCUGCCAAAGGUUAUUCUACAAAGUAUUGACUCUGGGGUGUGAAUACUUAUGAACAUUUUUGUACUUAAUUUUCAAUCCAUUUGAAAACAUUUCUAAAAAACAUAUUUUCACUUUGUCAUUUUGUGUUGUGUGUAGAUAGAUGAGAAAAAAUAUUUAAUCUAUUUUCAAUUCAGGCUGAAAGACAAUGUGGAAUAAGUCAAGGGGUAUAAAUACUUUCUGAAGGCACUGUAUAUUGCUCUAAAUAGUUACAAUAUUUGGUGACUAAGGAUAUACUUUUUUUUACUGUCUUCAUAUUUUACAUCUGAUUAUAAAUAAACAGAUAUUUAACUCUAAA